GAUGACCUCUCGGCCUUCUCGUUUGCAAGAACAACUCAGUUAUAGAGACAUGUACCCAAAAACGAGUCUUGCUUUGACGAUCCCAUCUGGCUUUUUUAUGGCAAAUUUGGAUCUUCUGAUCUCCAUUUCCAAAAUCAGUACUUAAAUAGCUGUUGGAUUUGACAAGGACCCACCAACCUCCUUUCGCACUUGCGUCUGAAAAAUCAAAAGUUUAAUCAUCUCCUUUUUCGAAGACUCAUUCAUGGCCAUAUUACUCUUUCCGCAACGAGGAUGGUGAUGCAAUUUACUAAUGCUACUCCCUUAUAUAUGUGAAAUAUUGAGUCCCAAUCAAAUUAUGGACUCCUAUCAGCACCAGAAGGGUGGAGGGAGAGAAUCAGACAGAGGAAGAGAAACAAAGCAGCCACCACCACAACCACCACCUACAACUUCCAUAUCGCCACCAUCAGCCACCUCCUCCCCUUCUCAUGAAUUCUCCUUCACAAUCUCCCUGCACUCCUCCGCCACCCCCAACACCACCAGCACACCAAGCAAAACCAAGAACCCAACUUCCCUAGCGAUUGACCUGUCUCCUGCUGAUGACAUCUUCUUCCAUGGCCACUUGCUCCCUCUCCACCUCCUCUCCCAUCUCCCCAUCUCUCCGCGCUCCUCCGCUAAUUCCUUGGACAGCUUCACCCUCCCCAUCAGGGACUUCCCAGAUGAUCAAGGCUCCAUCAAGAGUCAUGGCAAUUAUGACCGCGGUGACAGCGAUGAGGAUGAUGGUGGCGGCUAUGGCAAAGGCGUACACAAGCAGAGAAUAAAAGGUGAUGAAGAAAGUGAAGCUCCUCGGGGAAGAAGCAAGCUCAGAUCCUUUUCCCUAUUUGGUAUACCCAGACGGAAAAAAGCAAGAGCCAGUGAAGUUAGAGAUGGGGAAGAUUACAAAGAGAAGCAGAAGAGUAAGAAACUGAUCAGCUUUGACAUGACCCAGAUGUUGAAAAGGUAUGCAAGAAUGGUGAGACCACUUCUGCAGUUUAGAGGCAGGAGAGGAGAAGAAGGUGCCCAAUUCAGAAGGCAGUCACACUCUUUCUCAGGGAAUGUCGAUGGGAGGAGAGAGAAUCGAGAACUGAGAGCUCCACAAUUUUCAGCACCAGCAUCAAUGAGGACAUCCCCAACCAACAGUGGCCUCCUAGCGCCAACCACAACCCUCCCUUCUUCUACCUCAGAUCAAAGCACCAUGGAAGAGUUGCAGGCUGCAAUUCAAGCUGCAAUUGCCCAUUGCAAGAACUCCAUUGCAGCUGAAGAAAAACUCAAGGCUUGAUGUGUGUUUUUAUCAGUUGUUGCCUUAGGUUCUGUAUGUUCUCUUUUUUUUAUAUAGUCAUCAAAUCAUCAUCUCCUUGUGUAUAAUUAAUUGUAUAUCACAUCGAUAAAUGUAAUGAGUUUCUUGAGAA